AUGGAGGGCAUGGGUUGGUUGCCCAGAUGUAUGUGUGGCUCCAAGGGGCACUGCUGGCCAGGUGACCCUCACUGGGAACACAGGUCGGGGGCAGCUGCGGGCUGGCAGCAGCAAGGCACCAAGCUGCUGCGGGCCAUCCUGGGUGUGCACGUGUGCCCCUGCCAGGGCAUGAACCAACCCAGCAUCAACGAGCAGCCAGGGAAAUGAGCCAGGGAGGUCAGUAGAUCCUGCUUUAUGGUGGUGGAGAAGCAUUGUUGGCAGAAAAUGUGGGGAGGUGGGCAAUGUGCUGUGCUAACUUUUGCUACUAGCGUAGCACAGGCUUGUUUUGCGUGUCAUCAGUUCAUGAGAAGUUGCUAGAGUACUGUAUUUUCUAAAGGAAGAAAGACGUGUGAAGGACAGAAAAACAAGAUGUUGGUGCUGUCUAACGACACAGCCCUGAAUUCACUCCUCUCCAAGCUGCUUCAAGACUACCUGGAGCAGACGAAUAGCUCUGCACCUUCCCAGGUCAGAAGUACCAGCAGCAACCUGGAAAUCAUCUACGUGCUGCUGAUGAUCGGCCUCUUUGGCUUCUUCACAGUGGGAAUCAUGCUGACCAACAUCCGCGCCAGGAGGCUGGAGGACUCCCACGACCCCUACAACACCUACAUUGCCACAGACAUUUGGCACAAGAAGGACAGGGAGUAUUUUCAAGCCAAGCUCAUAGAACAUUACAAGCUGUGCUGUGUCUUUGAAAACCAGCUGGCCGUGGAGCAGCCAAGCACGCAGAUUCCCGAGGCGAAGUCUUCCUAG